UGAACACGAUCACUGAAGCCGAUCACGGUUAUGGAAAGACAUGAUAAGUUGAUAAGCAACAACAAGAAUGAUGAAAAAUCCCGCUCCAUCCUCGAUUGCUGUGGCUCCACCUUUCUACUCCAACGGGCGCAGUGGAGUGGAACUAGCGUUGGAAGAACUAGCCAAGAACAAAAAGACUUUGGUCCCUUUGGAGGGUGGAGCCAAGGCUGCCUAUUCUUCCUCUUUUUUGUUUUUGUUUUUUCUUUCUUUUGAAGCCCAACUUCUUUCUUUAUCUCUCUGCCAAUCUCUGAACCUUUCCGAUCGCGUGCAAUGCUCAAAGAAAUCUUGUAGAAUUUGCCCAAGUUUAAUAUUCUGGAUGGUUAAACAAGCGAUUGACUCUAAAGCAAACGAGAAUGGGCUGGGCAAUGUUGGACCAGGCUUCCACACUUGUGAUAAGCAACAUCCUGUACCAGCAAAGAAGACAGCAUUGAGAGAUUUGCAGAACUCUUACAGAACUGUGGUACCCAAAACCCAAGGUAAUUCUCCUUUCCUAAAGGAGAAAGGACCCAUUUUAGAUGCUAUUAAGGUUUCUGGAAAUAAGAGACCAUCACCUGAGAUCCCACCAAACCCUCCCUGUCAUCAAUCUCUUAGUAGUAAUGGUGAAAACGGGCAUCUUGUGUAUGUCAGAAGGAAAUCGGAACUGGAGUUGGGGAAAAGCAAUGUGGGAAGUGAUGCUAGUCAUCCGCCACCAAGAAAAUUUAGCCAUGAUGAACAAGAAUCCCCUAGACAAAACACCCAAAUGAAAGAAUCUAAGAUUUCUUGUUUUUUGUCAUAUGCUCCCAUUCCAAUGGCUUCUCUGACGACUUUCUCAUCUGGAGGACCUACAGUUCCCCUUUCUCUGGGAAAGACUGGUAAUGGAUUGUUACUGAGAGAAUCAGAAAAUCCUAUAGUUACUUCUGGAGACUCUCUUAUGGUUAACCAGCGGGCACCUAGUGAAUCACAUUGGAAGGAGCGGUUCCUCCGCCUACAAACAUUCUUGAGGAAUUGUGACCAUUCGAGUCAGGAGGAGUACAUCCAGAUGCUACGGUCAUUACCCCCUGUUGGUCGUAGCAGACAUGCAGUUGAACUGGAGAAAAGAGCAAUCCAUCUGUCACUAGAGGAAGGGAAGGAGGUACAUCGGGUGACGGUUCUGAAUGUCUUGGGCAAGUCUGUGACAAAGAGUAAUGCAUUGUUGUCACCUCAACAGCCCAACUAGUUAAAGGAGAAGAGAAUAAAAAUUCUUAACAUAUACUGCUUCAUCCAUGGCCAUGAAGGCAUUCCCAAUUAUCUGCAGGUAGAAAUUCAAACUAAAUUAAGCUUUUUAAACUGUAUUAUAUCCUUCCAUGAGUUUUAGUAAAGAAUCAUUUGAGAAACCUGGAGGCUCUGAACUCCUUAACUAUGAUUUCUUUCAUUUAGAUACCAAUAUGUGGUUAUUGCUUUGUGUCACUGUCUUCUAUCAUGAGUUGAAAUUCCUAGUGCUGGAUGUUAGUCACUUGCAUAAGUGAUCAAAUUUGAUUACCUGCUUCAUUUAACUUGAUAGCCUGAUUUGGAUCA